UCUUGAAAUCAAUAGAAGAAAGUUUAUCUUUGUCUUUCAAUGGUGAUUUAUAACUAAAUUAUAAGCAACAAAAAACAAAACAGACUGCAGUUCAAUUUAACACAUUGAUAUUUACAAUGUGUAAAUCGAUCGAAAUGCAAUUCUUGCAAUUCUUGCAAUUAAUCACGAUUGUUUAUUUAUCGUCGAGUUUGGCAUUGGCGCAAGUUCAGGGACAUUGUUACACAUGUGUUAUUCAUGCAGAUGAAUUACAACAUCCUAAUAAUUCAUAUUGUUUCAGGAAUAUGUAUCACAUAACACAGAUAGCAAUAGCUGGUAAAAACAUAAUGGUACCUAAAGCUUUUGUUGAACAAACAAAGGAUGUCUAUUCGCUUGAAAUAAAUUUCAAUGGUUUAUCAUCAAUCGAUGGUACGUCAAUAUGUGAAUGGCCAAAAUUAGAAUUUCUUCAUGCAGAUUCGAAUAAUUUAGAAAAACUAUCGAGCGGAAUUUUAUCGAACUGUCAACAGCUUACAAAUUUAAAUCUUCAAAAUAACAAAAUCAACGAAAUAGCCAGCGAUGCAUUUUUUGGCCUAUCGUCAUUGAAAUAUUUGGAUUUAUCAUCAAAUCAAAUAAAAAUUUUGGAUAAAAAUGUAUUUGAACACUUAAAAGUUUUGGAGGGGUUAGAUUUGCGUGAAAAUCAAAUCCAAAUAGAUAGUUCUCAGUUGUUUCAAUAUAAUAGUGACCUUAGAUUUUUGAGUUUGUACAGUAACGAUUUAAGAUACAUACCCGUUGGAUUAUUUGAUAAUUUGAACAAGUUAGAGGAUCUAUUUAUUUCUAACAAUCCAAAUUUAAAGUCAAACAUCAUUGAUUUAAAACAUUUCGAUGCGUUAGAUGAGUUGAUGAUUGACUUUACAUCAGUGGCAACGCUUAUUCUACCGUUGAAUGUGAGAAAAGUCUAUGCAAGCAAUAGUCAAUUAUCACGAGUAGUUGUUCAGCCUAGGGGCUUAUGACAAUUUGCAAAUAUUUCAUAUUUGCAAAAAAAAGUUAAAAUAUUUACAAAUUUUUUGUGAAUAUCCCGACAUUUGUACACAUUUGUCAAAAUUUGUUUAGAUUUACGCGAUAUUUACAUGAUUUGCAACUCGACUGUAUAAAUACAGCUAAUGAGAAUGGUAUUUUUGUUACAAACAUAAAAAAACUAACAAAUUUUAACUAUAAAAUAUUCAUAAAUUUACUAUUAUAACCGCUUUUCCUUUAUUUUGGCAUCCGGAAUAUUAAAUUUUCGAUGAAAUAAAAAUAAUGUAAUUAA